CUGCCCCGACUACUUCCGAUGGAUUUACGAGGACUUACGGCCGUGGAAAACCACAGGAAUCACGAGGGAGAUGGUGGAGAGUGCUCAAAAGUUCGCCACCUUCCGGUUGGUGGUGCUCGAUGGCCGGGUCUACGUGGAGCACUAUGGAGGAGGAUUCCAGACGAGAGACGUGUUCACGCUUUGGGGCCUCCUCCAGCUCGCUAAUCGAUAUCCAGGUCGCAUCCCCGAUAUCGAUCUCAUGUUCAACUGCAACGACACGCCUUCCGUCAAGUCAGCCGGCCACCGGUCGUCACCUCCGCCUCCACUCUUCCGGUACUGCAAGGAUGAUAAGACACUGGACAUCGUCUUCCCUGAUUGGUCGUUUUGGGGUUGGGCUGAGGUCAAUAUAAAGCCAUGGAGGACCCUGGUCAAGGAGCUGGAAGAAGGGAACAGAAGAGUGAAAUGGAGAGACAGGGAGCCAUAUGCCUACUGGAAGGGCAAUCCAUGGGUAUCUGAUAGCAGGAGCGAUCUCAUGAGGUGCAACGUCUCCAAGCAUCACGACUGGAAUGCUCGUCUCUACGCACUGAACUGGGACAGUGAGAAGAGGCAAGGUUACAAUAACUCAAACCUGGCAAGCCAAUGCAAGUAUAGGUAUAAGAUCUUUGUGGAAGGCCGGGCAUGGUCAGUGAGUAAUAAGUACAUCUUAGCGUGUGAUUCGCCUGCGCUGUUUGUGAGGACUCGCUUCCAUGAUUUCUUCUCCAGAGGUCUGAUGCCAGGGCGGCACUACUGGCCCAUAAGAGAAGACGACAAGUGCAGCUCGAUCAAGUUUGCUGUCGACUGGGGCAACAAGCACCAAGAGGAGGCAGAAGCCAUGGGAACAGUAGGUAGCAGCCACAUGAAAGAAGAAGUAAAGAUGGAGUACGUCUAUGACUACAUGCUACAUCUACUAAUCCAAUACGCCAAGCUGUUGAGGUACAAGCCUACUGUGCCGGAGAAAGCUAUCGAGUUCUGCUUGGAGUCUGUGGCUUGUCCUGCCACGGGCAUCGUCAAGAAGCUCCUGAUGGAGUCGAUGGAGAAGCGGACAGAGGAAGCAGAGCCGUGCAGAAUUCCCCCACCAUUCAAUCCGGAGGAGCUACAAGAGAUAAUGGAGAGAAAAGCUAAUGUUUUGAAGCAAAUCGAGUCGUGGGAGGACAAAAAGGCUAACAUAUGAGAAAGCAAAUUUAGCCAUAGAUACGACAGCGAUUCAUGUUUGACUCUUAAAAUACCGCAUGACAAUAUUUUCAUUAGAAAAAAAAAACAAUUAGUAUAAACUUUUUUUUUUUAGGCUGGGUUGAUAUGAUACUAUAAGUAAAAGCUCUUGCUUUUUCUUUUUUUUUUUCUUUAAAAAAUGCCCUCUAUUUUUACUCUUCCCAUUUGAUGUCUAUAUUUCUUGUAAUGCUCUUAAUAUCCCUCGUUAUCACCUGAUUGCCUCCGAUCCAUCACGAGAUCUUAUUGUUUUUUGUCACACUAGUGGCAAGUUCGGCAAGUUCCUCCCCAUGCAC